UUCAAGCCCAAAAAAAUCGUGGACAGCUGCCGGCCGAUGACCGGCAGCGACGGACAUCGACCAGAGCUGCUAAGAAACCGUCAAUGAACGAGCAAUGGAAAACGCUUCCAUCCUUCUCUUUAGAAAACAAUACGAUCUUUUCUCAUAGUUGACUAUAAUGGAAAACGCUCUCGCAUGAUAGAAGCGGGCCAUUUCUUCUUCGCCACCCUCCGCUUUCCGCAUCUCAAAAGAGGCGCAGGAGACGAAGAUCUGAAAACCCUAGCUUUCCUCACCGGCCAUGUCAUCGAGGACUCUUCCUUACUCGAGCAAGGAUGUUGAUUACGACAACGCAAAGUUCCGAUACCGAUCGCCCUUCAAGGUUGCGACACAAGCUUUCAGUACUAAUAGCAUCAGACAUGACUGUGGAAGAUGUGGUGUGGGGAAGUUUUUAAUGCUAUUGAUGAUUGGCGGUUUAACUUAUUUAAUGGUUAUUCACAAAAGCCCUGGUCAGUUGGCUUCCCGUGAACUUAUUCAGGAUACCACCGUAGGGGAUGUACAUCAUGUAAAGGAAAGAAUUGGUAAAAUUGGAAGAUUUUUGCGGAAGCCCCCAAGACUUCCACCACAGCUUUCACCUGAUGACAUUAGAAACUCAAGUUUGAAUCUCAAUCAUAAUAAGCAAUAUGAUAAGUCUGAAUCAAAGUUCAGGCAAAAUAAGGUUAAAGAAGCAUUUGUACAUGCGUGGUCUGGCUAUAGACAAUAUGCCUUUGGCUAUGACGAGCUGAUGCCCUUGAGUCAAAAAGGUGUUGAUGGCCUUGGGGGCCUUGGUGCUACUAUUAUUGAUUCCCUUGACACAGCUAUGAUAAUGGGACUUGAUGAAAUUGUUUCAGAAGCAGGUACUUGGAUAGAAAAGCACCUUAUGGAAAGAAUUAACACGAAGGGGCAUGUAAAUUUGUUUGAGACUACAAUACGUAUCUUAGGUGGUCUUCUUAGUGCUUAUCAUUUGGGUGGAGGUGAGCAUGGUACUUUAAGUGAUAGUGGGAUCUCUGUCAAACUGAAAGGAGUGAAGUCUGAGGUUUUCUUAGACGCAGCAAAGAAUUUGGCUGACCAUCUAUUGCUAGCUUUUACUUCAAGUCCAACAUCAAUUCCUUUUAGUGACGUUGUAUUGAAUGAAAGAUCUGCUCAUGCUGCUCCUGAUGGCUUAAGCAGUACUUCAGAAGUUUCAACGGUGCAACUCGAAUUUAACUAUCUCAGUAAACUUUCUGGUGAUCCUAGGUAUGGUUUGGUGGCAAUGAAAGUGUUGGAGCACUUCAAAACACUUCCUAAAGUUGAAGGGCUUGUACCCAUCUACAUUAGUCCUUACUCUGGCCAGUUCAGUGGUGAGAACAUUAGACUGGGUUCUCGUGGUGAUAGUUACUAUGAAUACUUGAUUAAAGUUUGGAUUCAGCAAAAGAAUAGCCGUAACAAUCACCUGAAGUAUUUAUAUGACAUGUAUAUGGAAGCUAUGAAAGGUGUCAAGCACCUUCUUGUUCGUAAUUCUACACCUAAAGGAUUGGUUUUUAUUGGAGAGCUGCCUUAUGGAUCCAAGGGUUCCUUCAGUCCAAAAAUGGAUCACCUGGCGUGCUUUCUUCCAGGUACCCUUGCUCUAGGUGCAACCAAGGGUCUUACAAAGAGAAAAGCAGUAGAACUCAGUCUGCUGACCGCUGAAGAUUUGGAAAAUUUAUCUCUUGCUGAGGAUCUGGCUAAGACCUGCUUUGAAAUGUAUUCUGUAACUUCAACAGGUCUAGCUCCAGAGAUUGUUUAUUUCAAUAUCGAGGGUAAUUUGGAGCAUGGCCUUGAUGGUGGGAACAAAAGCUCAGAAUACGUAAAUGACAUAGUAAUUAGGCACAAUGAUCGGCACAAUCUUCUGCGCCCUGAAACAUUGGAAUCUUUAUUUGUACUCCAUCGCAUUACUGAAGAUCCUAAAUACAGGGAAUGGGGUUGGCAGAUCUUCCUAGCUUUUGAAAAACAUACCAAGGUGGAUUCUGGUGGUUACAGUUCUCUAAAUGAUGUCACAAGAGUUCCCACCCCCAAAAGAGACAAGAUGGAGACUUUUUUCAUGGGAGAAACGUUGAAGUACUUAUAUUUGUUAUUUGGAGACGAUGAUAUUCUUCCUUUGGAUAAGUUUGUUUUCAAUUCAGAAGCACACCCUUUGCCAGUUAUCUGAUCCGCCUAAUUGUUCUUUAACACAUGCAUCUCUCAAAUUUUUAUCAUUUUUGAGGGAAAAGUGAACAGAAUCCUUCUGCCUUGCAAGCUUGGAGGAAAUCAAACUGGGUCACGGAAAUUAAUGGGCUGUUUGCUUUGUGGAUUAUAGAAAGAAAACGGUGUCUUUCCUCUUUUUUCUUUUUUUCAAUAGGGCCUUAGGAUGCAUAUCUUCAUAAUGUCUUUUGGUCCAUUAGCUGUCUUAUUGUAUUGAUCAUUUUCAACUGAUCUUUAGCCAGACAGGUGGAGUAGAAUUUUCAUUUUCCUUUAAUUUAGAACUUGAGUUAUAUCAAGCAGAGAAGCUAUCAAGUUUAGCGAUUUGAUGAGAGAGAUUGUUGUAUGAUUUUGAAAAAUAAUUGCGGUUGUAACUGAUGAAACCUUCCAGUAAAUUAUUUAAUGUGAAUGCAAAAGUCAUCUAUCUAUUUUUUAUGUUA